AGAAGGGUGGUAUUUUUAGGGCCAUUAAUUCUGACCACGUGCCCAGGAGGUGAACCGGAUGGCCACUGCACAAAGACUUCUCAUCACUAUGUCCUGCGAAGCCAGCAUUCACCGGACGUUGCCUGCUUUCAUUCUCCUGGGUUUUCUAGCUGGGAUUGCUUCAACACAUCCAGUUGUAAGCAGAACUAAUGGCACAUUGCUGGAAAGAGGAUGGCAAUCUCUGUUGUCCAGGUCCAUUUCUGGGAUGUCAGGGGAGAAGUCAGAUGUGAACUGGGAGAGUGACUAUUUGCUAGGAAUCAAGAGGCAGCGGAGGCUUUACUGCAACGUGGGCAUCGGGUUUCACCUUCAAAUCCUCCCAGAUGGAAGGAUAAGCGGAGUUCACAAUGAAAACCAAUACAGUCUCUUUGAAAUAUCCACUGUAGAGAGAGGUGUUGUCAGCCUCUUUGGUGUGAAAAGUGCUCUCUUCAUCGCAAUGAAUAAUAAGGGGAAACUAUAUGGAACGGCUGUUUUCCAAGACGAAUGCAAAUUUAAAGAAACCUUGCUGCCCAAUAAUUACAAUGCAUAUGAAUCAAAUGCUUACCAAGGUGCUUACAUUGCGCUCAGCAAACAUGGGAGAGUCAAGAGAGGAAACAAGGUUUCUCCUGCUAUGACAGUGACCCACUUUUUACCAAGAAUAUGAAUAUAAGCAAAGAAGAAGAUAAGAUCCCAGGAAAAACUGUUUCAUUUUGCACAUGGGAAUAAUCUCCCAGGUAAAGUAUUUAUACUGUUCAUUGAAAAAAAAAAUUCUAUCUAUGUAUGUGUAUAUUUGGAUAAGAAUAUUUGUACUAGAUUCAUGAUAUAGCACAUGUAAUAGUAUGCUGCUUCUCUUUUACUCUUAAGUUUUACAUGGCCGUGUGCCUCUUUUGGUGCUGAACAGAGAAAAAUGCAAACUGGAGCAUAAAGGAAGUAUUUGGAAGACAUAGAUAUCCAUGUUGUGGAUAAUCAUCUAAUCAGUCACAGAUUAUUUACUAAAUAAUAUUCAUUACCUCUGAUAAUAACAUAGUGAGCUGUUUACAUAUUAUGGGCCAAAUCAUCAAAUGACUUUACUUCACUAGAGCUUCAAGCAUUUCACUCCAUCUGAAUAUCUGCCUGCACCUCCCCUUCUAAACUCUGUGUCUUUUCUUGUAAAGUCCUCAAUUUAUUUUGAUAAUUAGGGUGCAAAUUCUGCAGUUGUUUCAACUUAAGCAAAGAGUCUGCCCAGAACCUCUCUGUCUCUGAAAGAAUUCUCCAGGGUCUCCUCACAUGGACUUGUCAAAAUGAAGACCUAGAAUCAAUUUCCCUUGGGAGGGUCUACAUGAUAAAUAAAACCUGGGUCCCAAAUGCAAAAUAUAUUCGGAGCUAAGGAUUUUAAAUGCCACACCACUGGCAUUUCAUAAGCUUAGUAUAGACCCACCUAAGAUAUAGACAUGUAAAACUUUAUCAUAAAUACAUGUAUAUAUGUAGAUAUAGGAUAUAUUAGUGUGUAUCUAUGUUAACGACAUACUUCUAAUGAACCAACCAUCCCAGCCUCUAGAUGCCUAGGUGCCUUUUUAUGUGUAUACAUGUGAAAGAACAUAAAUAUUUAAAGGCAUUGUAUUUCAUUUAGGCUGAACCUUGUUAACCUCUAAGAGUUAGAUCCAGUUUGCAGGAUGCAUUUUAUAAAAUGCAUGAAAUUCAUAAAUGCUUCCAGUAAAGGGUUAUUUUACAAAUUUCUCUGUUUUGAAUUAUUCUCUAUUUAUUGCUUUAAGUAUAUUCAUUUUUUUAUCUGAAAAAAUGAAAGACAGAGGAAGAAGGAGGUUAUACAAGAACGCCCUCCUGGGUUGAGGCUGAGGAAUUUGUGCUGUAAUUCCAAUUUGUGUCACUUGCAAAGCAUCAGUUUCAAAGACAACACAGCAAGCUGUACGAAAUACUCUCCAAAGCUAUCCUAGAAGCUCUACAAAUAGCACUUAACCUUGCCUUACUAUUUUGACAACCUUUUUCCAGAUCACCAAUGAAGCUGCAUUCUCUGUGUCUUUGAAAGACUAUUUUAAGAGGCCUUAAGUCAAUAGUCACUAUAAAUGUCAGUUACCAGAAGCCUUGAAAUUCCUGCAUUGAUGGCAUGCUCCUAAAUUUGAAACUAGAAUCAAUGCAAUGUCCAAGCAGAAGCAUUUUCAGCAUAGAUGGACCAUGCUGCUGCAGAAGUGAACAUCUGAGUGCAAGAUAAUCUCCCACAUCCAGCCAAAAUGUGUUUGUGUCCAGCCUUGACAUACCAUUCUAUUUGCAGGGGGUGUCUAUUCAUGAAGAAUUUGAGUCUUCUGACAUGCAUGAAAAACACUGUCAGAUCCUCAGAUGGAGUAAACCAGCCUGGUAAAACUAUCAGUUUAUAGCUGAUAGCUGAUUUGGCCCAAAGAGCACAUCAACAAGGAUGUACCUACAGCCACGCUUUCUAAACAAUAGUCAGGACAACUGUUUUGUGAAUAAGAUACAGUUUUCCAGCUACUUUUGUGUGAUUUAUACUUGAAUUAAUUUCGCUCAAAUGUAAGUGGUGAUCACGCUGUAAAUUAAGAGAAAAAAGAAUGGAAUGCUGCUUAAAGUACUUUAAUGGGACUCUUUGGGUGUGGAAAAGGAAAGGAGUUACUCUUCGUUUUCUGGUCUUGCAGAAUGUAGAGAGAAGAUAAGUCGGCACACAUUGUUCAUCCACUAUGUGUGCAGCCGUUUGCUUUGGGAAAAUGUGCAUUUUUAGAGAAAAAGCAGGAUGUUUUGAGUGGGGAGAGUGGGUCAGAGAAAAGUUUGGAGGAUAUCAGACAGCUACAUUGUCCUAGAGUCUCUAGAUGUGCACUUACAAAGACUGCCACUGAGCUGAAAUACACUAGCUGGCAACCUGUAUCUUUGUGUUAUAUACCUAGUUGUCUUUGAAAUGAAGUUUGAAGGGCUGAAGAGUAGGUGGACAGAAAAAUCACAGUCUGAAUGCUGACAGACAAGUUUGUUUCUAGUGACAGCUUAAACCAAUGUUCUUAGGAUAGGAUGAAGUCUGUGCAGUCAAGAGUAAUUUAUUGUUGCCAGUACUGAAAAAUAAUGGGAUAGCAGACAUAAGAAGUGAGAAUCAGACUCACCGACUCCAUUUUGCACAUACUGAUCAACAGUGAGAACAAACCAUAGACCAGGUCACGGGAAGCCUGUUUAGAUGCAGCCUGCUGGGCUGAACUUGGUUUUAAGUCCAUAGAGCCUUGCAGAUGUCAUUUUGGUGGCAAGUCCCACCAGUCGCUCUGCUGAGUUACUCAUUACAACACUGUUUUUUCCUUAUUAUAUCUCAGUGCCAGCCAGAUCAACAUUGGAGUCAACAGUGAAAUCAAAAAAUGCCUCUGUGCCAGGAAUCCUGACUAAUAGGAGAGCGAAUCACAUGAUUGUCAGAGGUGACAAUGAAAGAUGCCGUUGUCAGGAGAGAUAACUGUGAAAGGAAACCCCUGUCAAGUAGUGCAGCAUUGUAGCCUUGGAGUGUUAGGACAGUUGGAUACUUCAACAGAGGUAAUAAACACAUGGGUCAGUUCAAGAGAGCAGUCAAGGCAUGAGUUGACACAUUGCUGUGGAUAGGCUAGCAGUUCAGGGGCAGCUUACAGUAGCAGAAUGCACUGUGGCAGUCUUCUAGAAGUUACGUAUCUUGCCAGAGAAAUGGCCUGACCUUGUUCUGCCUCAUGCUUGACUAGUGACAUUCCACCUUCUUCUCCUCAAGCUGUUACAACCAGCUCGGGAGAAGGAGGAUUUAGGAAGACCACCACCCAUUUUACACACCUCAGGAUAAAUUUGUUGAGCUGGCACAGAGGGAAAAAAGAUCCAGCCUAGUUGUAAACAGAAUGUAUAUGAUAUGGAAGCUACGAAGCAAAUAUGGGCAUAGUCCAUCAAACAAACAAAACUUUCUUUGAAAGAGUAGUUCCGUGGACAUGCAACUAUGCAAAGAAACUCAUAAAAGUAAAGGAGUUUCCCAAAUUAGGGCCAAAUUAGGAACUUAUUAUUGACAUGUUUUAUGAUGGUCCCUUUCAAAGGGGAUUAACAAAUGUGUGCGUUAACACAGUCAUGAAAUGGGCCAGAGCUUUGACAGCAAUGCUGCAAAUGCCCCACACUGUGUUUUGUGCAUAGGAUUCUUCUGUAGAGUUGAACCUAUUUUCAAGGUUUCUUCUUCCAUAAGCAAAUCCCAUAGCAAUUUAAAACCUAAGCCACUUUUCUUGCCUAGGACUAAAUCAUGCUCUUAAAUAAUCAAAUUUUCCCCAAAUAUGCAGAGAUGCAGACACACAAACAGUGGAAAAGCAGGGUAAUUUUUGUAUACCUCACUAACUAUUUCAAUUCCAAGAUUGUAUUUUGCACAGUGAAAUGGCGCCAAAGUUCUCACAUUGUCUUUUUCCACUAAAAUAUACCUCAUAUUCUGACUCAAUAUGGACUCACAAUUGAGACUGUAAAUUUGCAAGAAACACAAAUCUGUAUAAUCAAUUGUUUG